ACCAGAGUAGUUUCCAGUUACCUAUCUCAGGACUUGGGGCUACAUCUUCCCAGACUGGUGUGCACGUCUGCUGUUCUGAAUAGCAGUCCCUUCAUCCAGGUUUGCAAGGCAUGCAGGCUGCCCCGAACCCAUCCUCAAGCCACUGUGCCUGCGUGGCGGCUAGGCAGAGCCAGGGUAGCUUCAGUGCCCAUCCCAGGGGAAGGCUGGCACUGGAGCAGGGCUUGAGCUGGAUCCCUUGUGGCACAUGGUGCCCAAGAUCCUUUGAAACCAAAGCUGGUUUCUCCACAAAUGACACUAAGGUGGGAGCUCCCAGCAGGGCCUGCUGUGAUGAGGAGUUGGGAGGGUGUCUGGAUGCUUCAGCUGUGCAAGUACAGGUCUUCACUGACCUGACCACUAAUGAAUGACGUGACUUUGUACCCAGCAGCCACAUCACUGGUGUCCUGACCCAGGACCUGUGCUGUCACUUGGGCUUGUUUGGAACCAAAGCCGGAGUAGGUUUUCAUCUAAUAGAUGAUUUGAAAGGCUCUUCAUUUCUUGUACAUCCAAAGCGAACAGUUGAGCUGCUUACUUCCACGCUCUUGUGUGAGGGUCAGCAGAGGUGGAGAUUUGAGUUGAGGAGCCUAAGCUCUGUCCCUGACAGUCCUGUGCAGAGGGAAUGAACUGGUGCUGCAUCUGGAUGGCUAGUGGUGGCCAUCCUGCCUGGUUUGUGUUGAGAAACCUGGUGAGCUCGACUAAGCUGGACAUGGGCUGGGAAGCCCACACCUCUGGGGCAGUGGCCCCUGUGCUCCAGCCUUGGAGUGAAGGGAAGAAACACGGGGGGCCCUUAGAUGUUGCUUCACCUUCGCUGUACGUCUUCUGGCAUUGUGCCACCAGGACAAAAGGCCUCUGCAGGUGUGCGGAGCAUCAGGAACAGGCCAGGCACCUGCUGUUGGUGGACAGAACAGAAGUGGUCCGGAGCAGCCUGCACCCCGUGUUCUCCAAGGUCUUCACACUUGACUACUACUUUGAGGAGGCACAGAAGCUGCGUUUCGAGGUAUAUGACACCCAUGGACCCAGCAACCUCGGCUGUCAGGAUGAUGACUUCCUUGGGGGCAUGGAGUGUACCUUGGGGCAGAUCGUGGCCCAGAAGAAGAUGACCCGGGCGCUGCUGCUCAAGUUUGGCAGGAACGCCGGCAAGUCCACCAUCACGGUGAUAGCCGAGGACAUCUCCGGGAACAACGGCUACGUGGAGCUCUCCUUCAGGGCCCAGAAGCUGGAUGAUAAGGACCUCUUCAGCAAGUCGGACCCCUUCCUGGAGCUGUACCGCGUCAACGAUGACCAGAGUGAACAGCUGGUGUACCGCACAGAGGUAGUGAAGAACAACCUCAGCCCUGCGUGGGAGCCUUUCAAGGUCACCCUGAGCAGUCUGUGCAGCGGCCAAGAGACACGGCCUCUGAAGUGCCUCGUCUGGGAUUACGACUCCCGUGGAAAGCACGACUUCAUCGGGGAGUUCUCCACCACCUAUGAGGAGAUGCAAAAAGCUUUCGGGGAGGACCAGGCCCAGUGGGACUGCGUGAACGCCAAAUACAAGCAGAAGAAGCGUCAUUACAAGAACUCCGGGGUGGUCAUCCUGGCAGAUCUGAAGUUCUACAGGGUUUACUCUUUCCUGGACUACAUCAUGGGCGGCUGUCAGAUCCACUUCACAGUGGCCAUCGACUUCACAGCCUCCAAUGGUGACCCCCGCAACAGCUGCUCCCUACACUAUAUCAACCCCUUCCAACCCAACGAGUACCUGCAGGCCCUGGUGGCCGUGGGAGAGAUCUGCCAGGACUAUGACAGCGACAAGAGAUUUUCUGCUUUGGGGUUUGGAGCUCGAAUCCCUCCCAAGUAUGAGGUGUCCCACGACUUUGCCAUCAACUUCAAUCCCGAAGACGAUGAGUGUGAAGGAAUCCAGGGUGUGGUGGAAGCCUACCAGAACUGCCUGCCCAGGGUACAGCUCUAUGGCCCCACCAAUGUGGCUCCCAUCAUCUCCAAGGUGGCCCGCAUGGCAGCGGCCGAGGAGCACACUGGGGAGGCCUCCCAAUACUACAUUCUGCUGGUCCUGACCGACGGAGUGGUGACCGACAUGGCUGAUACGCGGGAGGCCAUCGUGCGCGCCUCCCACCUGCCCAUGUCCAUCAUCAUCGUGGGGGUGGGCAAUGCUGACUUCACGGAUAUGCAGACCCUGGACGGGGACGAUGGUGUCCUGCGCUCCCCCCGGGGCGAGCCCGCGCUCCGUGACAUCGUGCAGUUUGUGCCCUUCCGGGAGCUCAAGAGUGCAUCCCCAGCAGCGCUGGCCAAGUGUGUGCUGGCCGAGGUGCCCAGGCAGGUGGUGGAGUACUACAGCCACAAGGAGCUACCUCCGAGAGGCAUCAGCACCCACACCCACGAGGCCUGCCCCCAGAGGCUGGGGCAGCUGGGAGUGCAGCCAGUCUCUGUGUCCAGCACCCUGGAGGUCCCUUAGACACCCCAUCUUCCAGAGUCCUCCUGUGCCCACCUGGACCCACCUCUGACCCCCUGUGACCCUGUUGCUUGGGCUAGCCUCCGGGACCCUCAAGGCUGAAGGUUGGACAGAUCCAGGCCUGGAGAUCCCCGAAACAGGAGCUGACGGUGUGGAGUGUCACGAUGGCCCCCAUGCCUGGCUCUGCUCCAGCCAGGCGGUGUAGAAUGGUGGAGUGGGGAGGCCUGGCAGCUCAGCCCCCAAAACGAGGGGAAGCUUUCGGCGUGGGGUAUUCCUGCUUUGCACCUGAUCUUCACUGAGGAGGGUCCUGCGUUCCAGUUAUGGAGGAAACCCUGAGAUGCCCCUAGAUGCCCUCGCCCCUGGUCAAGAUGCCCCUGGUCAAGAUCCCUCUGUGCCCCCUGCCUUCCUCCCCAGGUCUCUGCUCCCUCCAAACUCAGCACCCAGGCCUGUGGAGUCCGCAGGUGGGGCUGAAGCAGAAUAAAGUGUCAUGUCCAUCCUCAAA